UUUAUUCCACGGAAUAAACAGCGGAGUGAGACCUCUGCUCCCUAAAACUUCUGUUGAGACUCCAUGCAGAUUUCCUGCGUGUGGCUGAGAGGAAGACGGACUAAUUUAAAAAGAAGCAAACCCAAUUCUGCCGACCUGAGCGCCACGAGUGACGGAGCUCCACUGUGGAUUUUAGCGCCACAGCCGCUUAGCGAGCUUCCGUUUGGUUGUUAAAGCAUUCAGGCUGAAGCGGCUCAGACCGCCUGCAUCUCUCGUCGAGCGGUCUGGAGACAGGCAGGUGUUGGAAUGAACAGGUCCAGGUCCAGUAGGAAUAGAAAAGUUCCCCAGCCUCCAGACACCAGAUUAACCCGCAGCUCCAGCUCCCAGACCAGGCAUCCGGAACCUGCAGAACUCCAGGACUCAUGGCAGGGUCCUUGUGGAAAGCAACGAAGGAAGCAGCCUGACUCGGCUCUCGCUCAGGACCUCAGCCUGAUCAGUGUGAGCAGACUGGACUCUACAAGUAAAGGAACGAUGUCCACAGCUGGCAGUAUUCCCAUGCAGGCCUGUCCGUCCUCUGAGUCCACAUCUGAUCAGAUCGUUCCAUCUUCAUUCCCGGUGAAGUCCUCUUCCCGGAGCGGCCUGUUGUCGGUGGCUCGGCUUGUGAAACUGGGCCGUUGUAAGAACAUACUGGUGGUGGUAGGAGCAGGAAUCAGCACACCCAGCGGCAUCCCAGACUUCCGGACUCCAGGAACAGGUCUCUACGCCAACCUGGAGAAGUACAACCUCCCUUACCCUGAGGCCAUUUUCAACAUCGACUACUUCUCCAACGACCCCCAGCCUUUCUUCUCCUUGGCCAAGGCUUUGUAUCCUGGCUGCCACCGUCCCAACUACAUCCACUACUUCAUCCGCAUGCUCCACCACAAAGGUCUGCUGCUCCGGCUAUACACGCAGAACAUCGAUGGGCUGGAGAACGUGUGCGGCAUCCCCGAAGACAAACUCGUGGAGGCCCACGGUAGUUUUGCCACAGCGUCCUGCCACCUGUGCUACACGCCGUAUCCUGCCGAAGAGGCUAAAGUUGCUAUAAUGACUGACAACAUCCCCACCUGCUCCUUCUGCGCCGCUACUGUCAAACCUGAUGUUGUGUUUUUUGGAGAAGACCUCCCACAGAAAUAUUUUCUCCACACGAAAGACUUCCCCAAAGCGGACCUUCUCAUCAUUAUGGGGACUUCUUUAAAGAUCGAGCCUUUUGCUAGCCUGGUGAAUACGGUGCGCUCCACUGUGCCGCGUCUGCUCCUGAACCGGCAUGCUGUGGGCCCCUUUGAGAGGGUGCCGCUCCGGAGAGGAGACCACAUGGAGCUGGGGGAUCUGGCAGACUCGGUCAGGAGGUUCGCAGAGAUCCUUGGCUGGAGCGGAGAAAUCGAAGAAAUGAUGAGGACUCAGGAAAAGUUGAUGAAGUCCUUCCUGCAGGGCAUCCCUCCUGUGGUAACUCAUGGAUCAUCAUCAUCAUCAGAGACUGAAGACAUGAAGACAUCCAGACCACGAGCUGAAGGAAGCUGCAGCGAGGACACCGACUCAGAAACGGACAGCAAAAGCUCUGCGUCUUCAAGAGCAAGCAAAUAACUCCUCAGCCUACAAUACAACAAAGGUUCAGGAGAAAUUAAUUUCAGCUGCUCUGUAAAUAUGCAGGUUGUUUUGCUUCACAUCUUUCAUAGUCAAUGUGAAGUGUUUAUUUUGUUUAUAUGUAGAUAUAAGGUGGUUAAUCUAGUUUCCAUCAAGAACACUAGUAAAUAUUCCUUAAAGUGAUUUUAUAUGUCUGAGGUUAAUAAAGUUGUUUUAUCUCAAUCAUGCACUGUUCAGUAUUUAAUAAAUGUUUCUCUUUGCAAAGACGACAGUGUUGUUCUUCACUUUUAUUAACUUUUCAGUGGAAAAGCCUCACAAAAUAAGUAGUGCUGCCUAUAGUACACAAAAAAUGUGCAAACAAGAUAUUCUUCCCACGUUCAUGCAAAUUUAAAAAGGAUCCCAGGAUUUAUGUGUUGAAAAAUAACAGCAUAACUUACAAGCACAAAGGAAAGUCUGAACAAUUUAAAUACAAAAACAUAACGGUAAGAAAAUACAACAAAGAUCUGACGAGGCUUAAAAGCAUUUCAGUUACAGUAAAAUCUUUAGGAACUGGACUUGUUACUGUACCAACAGUUUACUAUAAAUUCAUAAGAGUAGUCAGGCUUACACACAAAGAUUUAUAUAAAAUUCAACAUUUUCUAUCAGGGGCAAAAAUAACAUUUGAUUUAUCAUUGUGCAGAUUUGGCAAAAGUAAAUAGAUUAAAAACCAUCACUGUAGUUUACAUAUUUCAUGGUCAUAAAGUACACAAGAGGUGUGUUUCAGCAACUACAUGUCAAGUUGCUUUUUCUUUUCCUCUAAGCUUCUUAAAAAAUGAAUCUGCUAGCUAAUGAGCCUGAAUUUAAAAAGUUUCAGUGGUCAAAACGUGCCUGUGGCCGGGCAGCGAGAUCUAAAACCAAAGGAGGGGUUUAAUUGUCCAGUGUUUAAUUAUUAAGAACAUAAAUGUGAGGAACCAAACCAACACUAACAGAAGGAAUGAUUUUUUUUUAAGACUUGAAACCUUGGCAUCUGUGUUCCAAAAAUA